AUGUCUUCUCGCGAGCUCUAUAUUCCUGGCCUGGAGCAUUACGAGAAUCAGGCAAAGCUCCAGGAGGUACUUAAGCGGGAACAUAAACUGAUCCCGCACUUUGAUAGAUACGAUUACCUCUUCAAGCUUCUCCUCAUCGGAGACUCCGGUGUCGGAAAGUCUUGCUUGCUCCUUCGAUUCGCCGAUGACACCUAUACGGAAUCCUACAUUUCCACUAUCGGUGUUGACUUCAAAAUCCGAACUAUUGAGCUUGAUGGCAAGACGGUGAAGCUACAAAUCUGGGACACUGCCGGCCAAGAGCGCUUCCGAACCAUCACAUCUUCAUACUAUCGCGGCGCCCACGGUAUCUGCGUCGUCUACGAUGUGACCGAUAUGGACAGCUUCAACAACGUUAAGCAAUGGCUCCAGGAGAUUGACCGCUACGCCACCGAAGGCGUCAACAAGCUGCUAGUGGGCAACAAGAGCGAUAUGUCUGACAAGAAGGUUGUCGAGUACACGGUUGCUAAGGAGUUUGCUGAUAGCCUCGGAAUCCCAUUCCUCGAGACUUCGGCUAAGAACGCUUCCAACGUUGAGCAGGCCUUCUUGACCAUGGCCCGACAGAUCAAGGAGCGCCAGGGCUCACAAGCCACUGCUAACACCAAGCCCGGUGUGCAGGUUGGUCCUGGUCACAACGUUGCCAACCCCUCCAGCGGUGGCUGCUGCUAAGCUCGAGCUCUCUCUUCAUGAUACCCUCUCGCACAAAGAUGCUCCUGCCACCAAUCUCAAUUUUCUGGACCCGAUAGCAAUACGAAUAUGCCAAUAGCCGGGAUAGUAAAUGCGGGAUGCAUGCAUGUUUCUGUCACUUUGGCUGCGAAUAAAUACAGAUAAUUCGACUAUCGAUAGAUGAAUUGAUCGGUUUGGAUCACUCUCCCGUAUUCGGGCUCGCACUAUCGAUUUGUCGCUCGAGAACUAUCUGCCGCAUUCCUAGCAAAUGUGUGUGAGACGGAUUUAUAUGAGAUGCUCAAGAAUUGUCGCUUCCUCAACUUCUUCAU